CCUGCCUUUCGAUGGAAGGGAGCAUUUGUCCUUCGUUUCGGUAGAUCGUAUGGCGACUAAGAUUUGGUGCGCGGUGCUGGCGGCGGCGGUGUUGGCGGCGGCUACGACGGCCGAGGCGGAGGAGAUCAGCAAGAAGGUGAUCGUGGCGAUGGAAGGGCUGGUGAGCUGCCAGGGCUGCGGGAGCGUGGGCACGUGGGAUCUGUCGGGGGCCCGGCCUCUGCCGGGGGCGAGGCUGGUGGUGACGUGCCGGGACCACCGGGGCCGGGUGGUGCUCUACCGGGCGGCCAAGGCGGACAAAAACGGCUACGUGUUCGCGGAGCUUUUCACGACGACGAUGCGCGGCGGAUACUUCGACCCCGCGGAGGCGUGCGGCGCGCGCCUCCUGGAGUCGCCGGACCAACGUUGCAGCGCCGCCACCGACGUCAACGGAGGCCUGCAAGGGGCGCCUCUCCGAUUCCAGAACACCACCGUCCCGGGGCAGUACGCCGACAUCGACGUCUACGCGGCCGGGCCGCUGGCCUUCCGGCCGCCGCACUGCCCGCCCAAGACCUCCACGCAAUCCCAAUCGAGCGAUUAGCUAAUUAAUUAAUCUUCUCUGUGAUAGUUUAAGGUUUCAAUUUUUUGAAUCGUCUUGAAAUGAUAGAUCAUGCAUGUAACUGUCAGUUACAAACGCUGUUCAUGGGGCAUAUCUGAGUGCCAAAAUAAUAAUAUUGUUAUCGAAUACUUUACCAUCAGAAUUUUCAAAUUUUUU